AUGAUUAUUGAUGCGGAUCUCAGCACCAUAAAGUCUCUCAGGAACAACAUCUCCUCUGUUGGUGAUGCUGACAGCUGUCACUCUGUACAGAUCCAGGAGGUCCACUCUCCGCCAGGGGUUGUUGAUGGUGACAGCUGUCACUCUGAACAGAUCCAGCAGGUCCACUCUCCGCCAGGGGUUGUUGAUGGUGACAGCUGUCACUCUGAACAGAUCCAGCAGGUCCACUCUCCGCCAGGGGUUGUUGAUGGUGACAGCUGUCACUCUGAACAGAUCCAGCAGGUCCACUCUCCGCCAGGGGUUGUUGAUGGUGACAGCUGUCACUCUGAACAGAUCCAGCAGGUCCACUCUCCGCCAGGGGUUGUUGAUGGUGACAGCUGUCACUCUGAACAGAUCCAGCAGGUCCACUCUCCACCAGGGGUUGUUGAUGGUGACAGCUGUCACUCUGAACAGAUCCAGCAGGUCCACUCUCCACCAGGGGUUGUUGAUGGUGACAGCUGUCACUCUGAACAGAUCCAGCAGGUCCACUCUCCGCCAGGGGUUGUUGAUGGUGACAGCUGUCACUCUGAACAGAUCCAGCAGGUCCACUCUCCACCAGGGGUUGGUGAUGCUGACAGCUGUCACUCUGAACAGAUCCAGCAGGUCCACUCUCCACCAGGGGUUGGUGAUGCUGACAGCUUUCACUCUGAACAGAUCCAGCAGGUCCACUCUCCACCAGGGGUUGUUGAUGGUGACAGCUGUCACUCUGAACAGAUCCAGCAGGUCCACUCUCCGCCAGGGGUUGUUGAUGGUGACAGCUGUCACUCUGAACAGAUCCAGCAGGUCCACUCUCCACCAGGGGUUGUUGAUGGUGACAGCUGUCACUCUGAACAGAUCCAGCAGGUCCACUCUCCACCAGGGGUUGUUGAUGGUGACAGCUGUCACUCUGAACAGAUCCAGCAGGUCCACUCUCCACCAGGGGUUGUUGAUGGUGACAGCUGUCACUCUGAACAGAUCCAGCAGGUCCACUCUCCACCAGGGGUUGUUGAUGGUGACAGCUUUCACUCUGAACAGAUUCAGCAGGUCCACUCUCCACCAGGGGUUGGUGAUGCUGACAGCUGUCACUCUGAACAGAUCCAGCAGGUCCACUCUCCACCAGGGGUUGGUGUUAAACGAAGUGCAGCUGCAGGAGCCUUUGUGAUAGUUUGA